UUGUCAAUAAAUUGGCUUUACAGCUAAGAAUUUUAAAUUUUCAGUAUUUAUUUGGCGUUUAGACCAUACGUUUAAGAAUCCAGGCUUUUAUUUCAAAAUGUUGAUAUCUUCAUCUAGUAUUAAUGAAGUGGGGCAACAAAAUGUUGCAGUGUAUCGUUUGUUACUCCUAUUUGUUUUGUGUCAACUUGCAUGUUGUGCAAUGGUUCCAGGACUCUAUGAUGAGCCCCGAUUACCGGCAACCAUAACGCCCUUUCACUAUGAUAUCCGAUUGAUAACCCACUUGGAGAACCCAGCUAACCACAGGUACAAUGGUUUCGUGAACAUUUCCCUCCAUGCACAGAAGACCACCAACCAGGUGGUACUCCACGUCGCCGGUGUUUCAGUAAAAGCCAACAAAAUCACGCUGUAUGGAGAGACAUCGGGCUUUAGGCUGACCACUGUCAAGUUCAAUAAAAAGCGGGACUAUAUGGUGGUAACCUUCAACCAGCCCUUGUGGUUGGGCAAGUCCUAUGUCCUAAGUAUUGAGUUCGGACGGUCGAUGACAAAUAAGUUGGAGGAUGGUUACUUUUUACGUCACUAUGUGAAUGCGAAAACCAAGGAGAAAAUCUGGUACUCUAUCUCUCAUUUCAAUCGAAACUUAAUUAGGAACACCCUGCCCAGCUUCGAUGAGCCUCGCUUGAGAGCCACCUUCAAUGUGACCAUGGGCCACCACAAGCGGUUCCAGAGCUACAGCAACAUGAAUGUCCGAGCAGUGUUGCCCAACCAUGAUAUUCCGGACUACGUGUGGUCUGUGCAUGAGGUGACUCCCUUGAUGCCCACCUAUUUGCUGGCCUUCUCCGUGAACAACUUCACCUGUCGCUUCACCCAGGCGGCCAGUGCGAAUCCUGUUCGCUUUCGCACCUGUUCCCAGUCUGAUAAUGUGCGUGAGACGUCCUUUGCCGCUGAAAAGGCUCCCCAGUUGCUGGAGUUCAUGGACAGUGUGCUGAAAGUGAGCCUGCCGCUGGAGAAGAUCGACCAGCUGGUGGUGGACGACUUUCCCACCGAGGACCACUUUACCAAGGAUCUUGGCCUGGUCGUCUACCACGGCCAACACAUCUUGCAACGUGAAGAUGGUCCAAUGACGCGGUCCAAGCGGCAGGCCCUCCAGCGCAUCGCCCAAGGUAUGGCCCACAUGUGGUUUGGCAAUCUCCUGGGAAUCGACUGGUGGUCAGAUCUCUGGCUGAUGGAGGGUCUGACUGGCUACUUCGAGAUCCUGGCCAUGGACCAUGUGGAGCCGGGAAGGGGUCGUCGUCUGCAGCUGCGCAACAGGGAAACAUCCUUCAUGUACGAAUCGGAAGUGGGUGGCAUGUCCUUGUUGUCCUUUUGGACCCCGGCCAGCCCAGAGACAGAGAAGCACCUCUACCAAAAGGCUAGCACUCUGAUUGCCAUGGUAAAUGGCUUCCUGGGCAACGCUACCUUCUACGAUGGACUGCAGCGGCACAUGUGGCAAAACUACUUUGCCAGCAGCACACCCGAUCUCUUCUGGUGCUCCCUGCAGUUGGCCAGCGAAAGGGAGUCUCUCCAGACCAAGAACUGGGAUGUGAAGAGCGUGAUGGACACGUGGACCCGAAAGAGCGGCUAUCCACUGGUCACGGUCACCCGGAAUGGCAACAAUGUUGUCCUUACCCAAAGACCCGCUCUUAACAGGAGCAAAACGGAUCUGUGGUGGAUUCCCCUGACCUACACUAUCGAGGGCGAAACUUUUCCCGAAGACCUCAAGCCCAGGGCCUGGCUCAGUCCCUCCCAAAGUCCCUACCAACUGGAAGAGCUGGUGCCCCACAGCCAGUGGAUCUUGCUCAAUCUGCGGGCAGUUGGCUACUACAGGGUCAACUACGACGAGCACACGUGGCAGCUUUUGGCUAACACGCUCAUCGAUGACUUCCGCAGCAUCCACGUCCUGAACCGAGCCCAAAUAGUCAGCGAUGUAAUCUUUCUGUGGAAGGAGGAGCUGAUCAGCUGGACCACCGCCUUCAAUGUGCUCAGGUACAUCGUCGAUGAGGACGAGUACGAGCCCCUGAUGGCGUUAGUGGUGGGCGUGACGAACGGUCUCUGGGGCAUCUCUCCGGAAAGCGCCCUUUCCAUUGCGAAAUGGCUGGGUAUCGCUGGCAGGUGGUAUGCGGAGUUCAUCAGUUACACGUUCGACAAAUUCGUGGUUAAGAAUCCCAAUCUGAAUAGCCUUGACUACCCGGACUAGCGGCCCACAAUGGCCGGGCAACCGAGAACCACAACUAAUGGGCCACUGCCAGAUCCACACCCAGUGGGCAAGUGCCCAUCCGAACUGCUACUCCGGGAGAUGGGCGAUGGGAGAUGGGAGAUGGCGAAAUGAAACCGCCAUCAAUGAACCACAAUUGUAUUUGUUUGCAAAUAACUGAGCGUUAUCUGAGACUAUUUAUCUUUAUCUGCAACAACAGCAGAGGCAGCCGCGCACAAUGCCAAAGGACCCGGGCAGGAGCAGGAUCCCCGGCCACUGGGAACUUGGGAAGCUGGCGGAGCUGGGGAUCCACUUACAGCCAAGGCGCCAACUGAAAUAAUGAUGCAGGCGAAAUAACAAUAAAGGCGGGGACUGCUCAAGAAUAAAGGACAGUAUCGAUGCUCCUUGGCGCAGCGGUGAAGACAAUGCCACCCCCAGUACUGCAGCCAUUUCCAAGACAAUGCAAUGGACUCCUCCUGCCAACCAAAUCACUUUGCCCAGCGGAGGGUUAAAGUCUUUAAGGUCAAUGCAAAGUUUUAGGGGAAGAAACCUAAUCGAAGAAAUAUGAAUUAAAGUAGCAUGAUUUAAAAAAUCAUUUAAACAAUUGUGUGAAUAAAAAAACACUUAAAAAUUCCAA